AUGGCAAAGACGCAACGAGCUCUUCGAAACGACAAGACAACAGUUCAACCGAAGGGUGGAACUCUCAACGAAGAGCAGGAGGAGAGAGCACCCUUAUCCCUCCCAAAGCUCAGCAAGUUGUUUCAGCGGAACGCGAAGAGUAUGCCAAACUUACCAGUACAAAGAAAUCCAACGCCCGUGGAGGAGCUAAAGCGCCUGAAGAAUAAUCCGGCUGUUCUGAAGGAGAUCAAGAGUGUGAAAGAAAACCCUGAGAUGAUGAAGAGAGUCAAUAGUCUGAGAAACGACCCCAAGUUCAUCAAGUCUUUGGAAAAGCCUCCCUCGCUAAAACCCAUUAAAGAGGCACAAACGUAUCUAUCAAGAGGCCUAAGCGAAGAGGUUUCUGAGAAACUGUCGGUAUAUUUGUUCUUUUUCGGAUUUUUUGGAUUUGUUGGAGCUUUUUUCGGGGCGUAUUUCCUACUCAAUAAAAUAAAUCCGCCGGACGAGUAA